CGAAGAAAUGUGAGGGAGGAAGUAGAAGAAGAGCAGAGGUGGUUUGUCGAUGAGGCCUGCUGUCCUAUAGUGUCUUUACUUUCUCUCAUCAAUACCAACGACACAGUAAUAAUACGGACAACAUCGGAAAAUGCCUCUGCCUGUGCAAGUGUUUAACUUUCAGGGAUCUGUGGAACCAAUGCAGAUUGAUGCUGAUCCCCAAGACGACGCACAGAAUGCUCCAGAUGUCAGCUACAUAGUAGAGAACCCAACACUGGACCUGGAACAAUAUGCUACCAGCUACAGCGGGUUGAUGCGUAUUGAGAGGCUUCAGUUCAUUGCCGAACAUUGCCCUCAGCUUCGAGUGGAGGCCCUGAAGAUGGCCCUCACCUUUGUCCAGAGAACCUUCAACGUUGACACAUACGAAGAGAUCCACCGCAAGCUGACAGAGGCCACGAGGGAUAUUCAGGGUGUCCCAGACACUGUUCCUGAAGGAGGAGUUCUGCCUCCAUUGGACUCAGCCUGGGCAGAAUCUACUAGGAAAAAGGCUCUGCUCAAACUAGAGAAGCUGGAUACAGAUCUGAAGAACUACAAAGGAAACUCGAUCAAGGAAAGCAUCAGGAGAGGCCAUGAUGAUUUGGGGGACCACUACUUGGACUGUGGUGACCUGAGCAAUGCCCUGAAAUGUUACUCGCGUGCCAGAGAUUACUGCACCAGCGCUAAACACGUUAUCAACAUGUGUCUGAAUGUCAUUAAGGUAAGUGUUUACCUCCAGAAUUGGUCCCAUGUGCUGAGCUAUGUGAACAAGGCGGAAUCCACCCCGGAAAUUGCAGAGCAAAGAGGGGAGCGAGACAGCCAGAACCAAGCAGUCCUUACCAAGUUAAAGUGUUCUGCAGGACUCGCUGAACUGGCCUCCAGAAAAUACAAACCAGCUGCUAAGUGCUUUCUGCAGGCUUCAUUUGACCACUGUGACUGUCCAGAGCUCUUGUCCCCCAGUAAUGUAGCUGUAUAUGGAGGCUUGUGUGCUUUGGCCAGUUUUGAUAGACAGGAGCUCCAACGCAAUGUCAUCUCUAGCAGCUCCUUCAAGCUCUUUCUAGAGUUGGAACCUCAGAUCCGCGACAUCAUCUUCAAGUUCUACGAGUCAAAGUACGCCUCCUGUCUCAAACUGCUGGAUGAAAUAAAGGAUAACCUCCUGUUGGACAUGUACUUGGCUCCGCACAUCAAAACUUUGUACAGUCAGAUCCGAAACAGGGCUCUAAUUCAGUAUUUUAGUCCCUAUGUAUCAGCUGACAUGACGAAGAUGGCUCAGGCUUUCAACACCACGGUUGCAGCUUUGGAGGAUGAACUUACCCAACUGAUACUCGAGGGCCUCGUCAACGCACGCAUCGACUCUCAUAGCAAGAUUCUUUAUGCAAGGGAUGUUGACCAGAGGAGCACCACGUUUGAAAAAUCUCUCCACAUGGGAAAGGAGUUCCAAAGACGAGCAAAAGCUAUGAUCCUUCGUGCCGCCGUGCUCCGUAACCAGAUCCAUGUGAAGGUGAAGAUCAUUUUUAUUUGCACCUUUAAAUCUUGUUCUUCUGAAUUUUCUACAAAGUCCAACAUUUGUGAGCAUUCAUUUAAAAAAACAAAGGCUUUUGGAAAGUAUUUAAGAAAAAUCCUCACAAUGCAAAACUAA